GCCUCGGGCUGUCAGCUGCAGACCUGAUAAGAGGAAAAGAAGUAAAAUGGUCAAGACUUCACAGAGGAAGCAGCGUGACUGUGUGAACCAGUCCAAACCAAAGCCUGGUUUAAGCAUCUCGAUCCCCUUGAGGAUGUCCAGUUACACAUUCAAGAGACCAGUUACUAGAAUUACAGCACAUCCAGGCAAUGAGGUUAGAUACCAUCAAUGGGAAGAGAACUUGGACAAGCCCCAGCAGGUCUGCUGGCAGAGGAGACUGCAAGGACUCCAGGCCUACAGCAGCGUAGGAGAGCUCUUGAGUAUGUUAGAUCUUACUAAAACUUUGCAAAAACUUGCACCUCGUUGCUUAGGUGCACCCCUACCCGGGGCUCUGACUGGUGGUCUGCACCCCAGCUCCAUGCCUGCCCUUGCCCCAUCUUCUCAUUUUGUGGAGACGGUUCCUGGAGCCAGUCUGAGUAGCCCACAGCUCCUCUGCAAACAGUUUCUGGUCACUGAGGAAGAUAUUAGGAAACAGGAAAGGAAGGUGAAGAGAGCCAGAGAGAGACUGGCUAUAGCAAUGAUUGCAGACAGACUAGCCAGUGAGGCAGAGAAAGACAGGGACCGAGAAGGGCGUCCUGAUGACCGCAGGGGAGAGAAGAUACUGUUGACCAAAGGGGGCAUGGCCUUUAUUCACAUCGCUUUGCAGGGACCAUAUGUAGACAUAGUGUUUGACUUGAGCUCCUGCCACCUUAAAACAUACCAAUGCUUUCCCUUAUUAAACUCCUUUGUGCAACACAAGAAAAUCUAA